AUGCCGAUCCCCAGCGGCAGGCAGCUCGGUGCCGGCCGCUCCCAGAGCUGGGAUGCCGCCGGGGGGCACGAGGGCCCCUGGGCGCUGGCCGAGGCGCCGCGGCCGGCGGGGAGGAGGAGCUCUCUGAUGGACGGAGAGGGGCCUUGGUAUGAUCCCCCGGGCCCCGGGCUGCGGGCCGCCGCCCAGCCCUGCCUCCCCUGGGGGGCUGCCGCGGGAAGGAAGACUUCCGCUCCCGACUUUACCCUUCACGACAGCAGCCAGGCCGUGAUGUCUGCCCGGGGCGCCCUGCUGCAGCGGGAUUACUACUGCGAGCCGGCCGGAGCCACCAGGGUGCCCAGAGAGCCGCGCCCCCCCGGGGGCCCAGUGCCAGGCCGGCCAGUGCCCAGCUAUGGCAUGCCGGGCAGCAGGAUGACCUGGGGCCCAGUGCCAAGCCGGAUGCCUGCCCUGCCGGACACCGGCCCCCUGUACUGGGACGAUGGAGGUAAAGCGAGCCCCCUGGGACAGCGGACGCAGAGCUGGGCCCCGUUGCCGGCACGCUAUGCCGGGGAGCUGCCCGGCGGCAGGCACAGGGCAGAGGCACCCGCCUACACCCCCGGCCAGGUCUACGACGAGGUGGGCCUGCAGCCUCUGGAUCCCGCCAGACAGGCAGCCCCCACGUGCCUGGUCGUGGACCCUGGUGCAGCUGCCGCCUCUGAGGACAGCACAGGGGCACCCCCAGGAUCGCUGAGUCGAGGCUACGGGCCUGCCCCGGAGAGCAGCCCCCCCAAGGGGGCCUAUGAGAAUUUCGAGGUGGACCUGGCCGCCGUGCAGGGCCCGGGUGACAAGAGGAGCAUGCAGCCCGAGUUCCUGGCCCUCCUGCGGGCCGAGGGUGUGGCGGAGGCCACGCUGCUGGCCCUGCUGCAGCAAGGCUUCGACUCCCCGGCCAUCCUGGCCACCAUGGAAGAGGCGGACAUCAAGUGUGUGGCUCCCAACCUGGGCCAGGCCCGCGUCCUGGGCCACCUGGCCAGCAGCUGCAGGGCCGAGUUGCAGCAGCGGAGGCAGGGCCAGGGUGGGUCCGCGCCCCGGGCUCGCUCCAGCAGCUUCAGCCACCGAAGCGACCUCCAGGGGGCCCUGUCUGCUCUGGGUGCCUCGGCCCACCCGCCCCAGCCUGUGGGGGCCCCGCAGGCAGCGGCCCCCCGAGCUGGAGACCUGGGGCGCCGCCCCUCCAGUGCGCCAACCCAGCACCUCCUAGAGACGGCCACCUACUCCGCUCCAGGAGUGGGCGCCCCAGCCCCGCACUUGCCCUCCGGCCCUGGGUACAGCUCUCCCACGCCCUGUGCCCUGACCACUCGGCUGGGCCCCGCGUACCCCGCCCCAGCCGGGGUGGCCUUGACGAACCCUGGCCCCAGGACCGCCUACUCCACAGCCUACACGGUGCCCAUGGAGCUGCUGAAGCGGGGGCGCAGCGUGGCCGCGUGUCCCCUGCCCAGCCCCCACGGCAGCCCCCAGCUCCUCCGGAAGCCCGGGGGCCCCAUGGAGCCGUCCCCCCUGCUGCCGGCCAGCCAGAACCUCCACACGCCUCCCUCGUCCUACCAGAAGGUGGCCCGGAGGACGGGGGCCCCCAUCAUCGUGUCCACCAUGCUCGCUCCGGAACCAAGUAUCCGCCCCCAGAUCAUGAACGGCCCCCUGCACCCCCGCCCCCUGGUGGCGCUGCUGGACGGCAGGGACUGCACCGUGGAGAUGCCCAUCCUGAAGGACCUGGCCACCGUGGCCUUCUGUGACGCCCAGUCCACGCAGGAGAUCCACGAGAAGGUCCUGAACGAAGCCGUGGGCGCCAUGAUGUACCACACCAUCACCCUCACCCGGGAGGACCUGGAGAAGUUCAAGGCCCUGCGGGUGAUCGUGCGGAUAGGCAGCGGCUACGACAACGUGGACAUCAAGGCGGCCGGCGAGCUGGGGAUCGCCGUGUGCAACAUCCCGUCCGCGGCGGUGGAGGAGACGGCCGACUCCACCAUCUGCCACAUCCUCAACCUGUACCGGAGGAACACGUGGCUGUACCAGGCACUGCGGGAGGGCACCCGGGUCCAGAGCGUCGAGCAGAUCCGGGAGGUGGCCUCGGGAGCUGCCCGCAUCCGUGGGGAGACGCUGGGCCUCAUCGGCUUCGGUCGCACGGGGCAGGCAGUCGCUGUUCGAGCCAAGGCCUUUGGAUUCAGCGUCAUCUUUUAUGACCCCUACUUGCAGGAUGGGAUCGAGCGGUCCCUGGGCGUGCAGAGGGUCUACACCCUACAGGACUUACUGUACCAGAGCGACUGCGUCUCCUUGCACUGUAAUCUCAACGAGCAUAACCACCACCUCAUCAACGACUUUACCAUAAAGCAGAUGAGACAAGGCGCCUUCCUCGUGAAUGCCGCCCGCGGGGGACUGGUGGACGAGAAGGCCUUAGCCCAAGCCCUCAAGGAAGGCAGGAUACGGGGGGCGGCCCUCGACGUGCACGAGUCGGAGCCUUUCAGCUUUGCUCAGGGUCCCUUGAAAGACGCACCGAAUCUCAUCUGUACGCCCCACACGGCCUGGUACAGUGAGCAGGCCUCGCUCGAGAUGAGGGAGGCCGCCGCCACCGAGAUCCGCCGGGCCAUCACAGGUCGCAUCCCGGAGAGCUUAAGGAACUGUGUGAACAAGGAAUUCUUUGUCACCACAGCCCCCUGGUCAGUAAUAGACCAGCAAGCGAUUCAUCCGGAACUCAAUGGUGCCACGUACAGAUACCCGCCGGGCAUCGUGGGCGUGGCUCCAGGAGGACUUCCAGCCGCCAUGGAAGGGAUCAUCCCCGGAGGCAUCCCGGUGACUCACAACCUCCCCACCGUGGCACACCCUUCCCAAGCCCCCUCGCCCAACCAGCCCACAAAACACGGGGACAAUCGGGAGCACCCCAACGAGCAAUAGCAGACGGUGACAAAAGGUAUCAUUCAGAUAAACCUGGGACCAAGAGACGGUGAAAAGAGAUGAACUACUAGAAGAGGAAGGAAGAAACGUGACAGGCUUUUUACCUGAUUCUGGACAUACGCAUCACUGACGCUGCAGUGCUAGAACUACAAGAGCUAGAAGCCGUGACGUGGGCAAACUGAAGGUGGCGUCUGCUUCCUGAAGAGCUGAAAGACUAGGACGUGAUUUAUUAACGACCAACUUCUGUUAUUGUGUGUUAAGUUUCUCAUCUGUGCAUCAAAUCACAAAGAAUAAAUAGAUCUUUUUCCUUUACCGGUCCCUGGGGCACAGCAGGUGAACACCUUGCUCUAGAAUGUUGCAUCAAGAGUUCCAAACAUCAAAAUAAAAAAUAUUAAGAGGAAAUCCCCAUCCUGUGACUUGAGUCCCUUCGGUCCACGGGGGCUGGUGACCUCUUUUGCUAAUAGGAAGAUAAAAUUACUAUGAAAUGGGGAGCAAACUGUUUGCCUGUGUUCUAGACCUCCGGCAGCACAGGACUGGCGCCGGUGCGGGCUCGCACAGAGAAACUCCCCACCUGAACUGCGUACUGAGCGGGCGAGUUGGCUGAGUUCAGUAACACCCUCUGAUGAUGCAAAAAAAAAAAAAAAAAAAAAAAAAAGUAUUAAGUUUCACAAGCUGUUUGUACUCAAAUAUAUUUUCUCAGUUUCAGAUCCUCAGCUAUUUUAUUGAGUGGAGAGUCUUGAACUUGAAAGGGUUCAAGAAGAAUAAUGUUGCAUUUCCUUAUGUCUCAGGAAACACUUUUUAUGGUAACUUGUCAGAUUGUCUAUGAACAAACCCACUUUUUUAGACAUUGAUAAAGUUCUUUUCUUCACGUGAUAUUUUAUACAAGAACACUUCAGGUGUGUUAUUAGAUGUGACUGAUUUUAACAAAUCCUAUUAGAUUUGUAUCAACUAGUUUCAUGUUAUAUUCAUAGUCUUUUGUGAGUCAUCGCCUUUUUGUUUAAAAGAUGGCCUAUUUUGAGCCUUUGUAGAGGUACAUUCCUGUUUUUGUGACAAAAAAAAAAAAACCUUUAAAACUGUCCCAAACAGAAUAAUAAUGGCUAUCAGAAAUGUUUUGUUUUAGUGUGAGUUACCGUUACUGUAUUUGUUUAUUGUAAAGGUGGACAUUUAGCGUUCAGUGCAGUUUUCAAUAAAAAGUAAUAAAAAU